AUGAGUGGAUUGAUACGGUCCUUAUGGUCUCGGCCUUCGUGGUCUUCAAGCUCUUCGAGUCCUUCCAAAUCUGAUCAAUCUUCAAAGUCGUCACAGUUUUCACAACAAGUCAAAAAGUCCAUCGAGGAAUACGGGCAACGUAUGAAUGCAAAGAUGGGCCAGGCUCGCAGAGGAAUCAAAAAAGCUGCCUCAAAAGCCAAGAACAUGCGAAACCAUUUCUACAAUCGUGAAAAGACUUUCCGUAAGCGAACGGGGAAGUACACCAAACUCGAUUGGAGCAAGUCAAAGUAG